GUCUCAGUGCAGUGUGUGUGUGAGUGAGUUUGUGUGUUAGUUAUAUAAGGCUCUAUAUAAGGAUUUAUUUUGUUCUUUCUGGCUGGAGAGAGGAAAAUUCUCAAACACACACAUACACACACACACACACAUACACACACACACACACACACACGAUGGAGGUUUCUGUGCCGGUGUCAGAGCAGGAGAGCUCUGGCCCGGAGGCUGAGUGUUAGCCAUGUCGCAGCAGGACGUCGCCACAGCCAGCACACUGCACCUGGUGGCCUCAGACAUGACCGACAUCAUGGAGAACCUGGACACACGUGAGCUGGACAUCGGAGAUGGAGAGGACGUGUUUGAAGGACCGGGAGCUAACAGUGCAGAAGAUGGAGUUGCGUUUUCUCUGAUCUACAAGACGAUGGGGUUUAAAGAACAGGACACGCGAGUCUUCCUCACAUCAGCUCCCAUCACCGCCAGGAUCCUGGAGGUGGAGCGCUUCGCCUGUGCGCAGGACCGCUUCAACAUCACCAACCAGAGGAGUGUGUCCAAGAAACUUCCUGCAGUUUUCAGGAUCGAGAUGAGACACGGGAACUUCACCUGGAUUGUGAAGAGGAAGGAGAAGCACUUCAUGGAGCUGCACAGAGAAUUACGGACCUACAAAGCCUUCCUGAAAAUUCCUCUUCCUUCUCGCACUCACACGGAGCGGAGGCAGACGGUCAGACACACGCGUCAGAUGCCCACGUUACCCCGCGGCGGAGGAGACGAACUUGCCCGAGAGGAGCAAGUGUCCAGUCGGAGGCGUCAGCUGGAGGAUUAUUUAAACAAGCUGCUGAAAAUGCCUCUGUACAGAAACUACCACGCUACCUUGGAGUUCAUUGAUGUGAGUCAGCUGUCGUUUAUCCAUGAUCUGGGACCAAAGGGCUUAGAAGGUAUGGUUUAUAAAAGGUCAGGAGGUCACCGGAUCCCUGGGCUGAACUGCUGCGGUCACAGUAAAGUGUGUUAUCGCUGGUCCAAACGUUGGUUGGUGGUGAAAGACUCGUUUCUGCUCUACAUGAAGCCUGACUCGGGUGCGAUCUCUUUCGUCCUGCUGGUGGAUAAAGAGUUCUGUGUGAAAAUGGACUCUAAAGAUACAGAGACCAAACACGGUGUCCGAGUGGACAGUUUGUGCAGGAACCUGGUUCUGAAGUUCUCCAGUUAUCGUCACGCCCGCUGGUGGGGUCAGGCCAUCGACGACUUUGUGCGCAAAUACGGCAGCGCGUUCCUCCAGGACCAUCGCUUUGGUUCCUUCGCCAACAUUCAGGAGAACAUCCCCUCCAAAUGGUACGUAAACGGGAAAACCUACAUGGAGGAUGUAGCUGCUGCACUGGAGGCAGCUGAGGAGGAGAUCUUCAUCACAGACUGGUGGCUGAGUCCAGAGAUAUUCCUCAAAAGGCCAGUGGUUGAAGGAAAUCGCUGGCGUCUGGACUGCAUUCUGAAACGUAAAGCCCAAAAAGGAGUUCGGAUAUUUGUUCUGCUCUAUAAGGAAGUGGAACUCGCUCUCGGGAUCAACAGCGAAUACAGCAAGAGGACGCUGCUGCAGCUUCACCCCAACAUCAAGGUGAUGCGACAUCCUGACCAUGUCUCCUCCUCCGUCUAUCUGUGGGCUCAUCAUGAGAAGAUUGUGGUGAUUGACCAAUCAGUAGCCUUCGUGGGCGGGAUUGAUCUGGCGUACGGACGCUGGGAUGAUCGAGAACACCGACUAACGGAUGUGGGGAGCGUGACAAGAACCCUCAACACAUCUGCAGAGAACAUAACAGAAGCGUCUCCCUCUGUGGUGUCUCCGUCUAAAGGUCCCGUGCAGAGUAACGGUAAAAACUCCAGCAGGGAUUCAGAAGAUCAGCCCAAACUCAAAGGUUACGGGAAAACCAGGAAGAGUCGCUUCAGCAUCAGGAAACACCUGCAGAGACAUGGCCUCGCCCACGCCGACAGUGUGAGCAGCGCCGAGAGCUCAGAGGAGAACUCGGACACGACUCAGGACCUGCAGGCUGAUGUGAUCGGUUUGAUGGGGAACACUCGGUUCUGGCACGGUAAAGAUUACUGCAACUUUGUGCACAAGGACUGGAUCCAGCUGGACAAACCGUUUGAUGAUUUCAUCGACAGACACAUCACUCCCAGAAUGCCGUGGCACGACAUCGCCUCUGUGGUCCACGGGAAAUCUGCCAGAGACGUCGCGCGGCACUUUAUACAGCGCUGGAAUUUUACCAAGAUGGUCAAGCCGAAGUACCGGUCACUCUCGUACCCGUACCUUCUCCCCAAAUCCCACACCACGGCCAGUGAGAUCAAGCACCAGGUCCCGGGCUGCGUUCCCACUAAAGUGCAGGUGUUACGCUCCGCAUCCGAUUGGUCUGCCGGAAUAAAGUACCACGAAGAGUCCAUCCACAACGCCUAUGUCCACGUGAUCGAGAACAGCAAACACUACAUCUACAUCGAGAACCAGUUCUUUAUAAGCUGUGCCGAUAACAAACUCGUCUAUAAUAAGAUUGGAGACGCCAUCGCGCAGAGGAUCAUCAAAGCCUACAGGGAGGGCAGCAGGUACCGUGUGUACGUGGUCACUCCUCUGUUACCUGGAUUUGAAGGAGACAUUAACACUGGAGGAGGAAGCGCCAUCCAAGCCAUCAUGCACUUCAACUACAGAACGAUGGUCAGAGGAGAUCACUCCAUCAUGUCCCAGCUAAAGAAAGAGAUGGGGGAUCAGUGGAUGAACUACAUUUCCUUUGGAGGACUGAGGACUCAUGCUGAACUGGAGGGGAAGUUGGUGACAGAGUUGAUCUAUGUCCACAGUAAAAUGCUGAUUUCGGAUGACAACACGGUGAUCAUCGGUUCGGCGAACAUUAAUGACCGCAGUAUGUUGGGGAAGCGUGACAGUGAAGUGGCGGUUAUUUUCGAGGACACAGAGACUGAGAGGUCUGUCAUGGAUUGUCAGGAAUAUCAGGCAGGACGUUUUGGACUCCGACUCCGUCUGGAAUGUUUUAGGACGAUCCUCGGCGCUCACAUAGACACCAGCAUCGACAUCUCAGACCCUAUCAGUGACCAUUUCUACAAAGAGGUGUGGCUGACCACUGCAGCUCGCAAUGCCUCCAUCUACCAGAAGGUGUUCCGCUGCUUGCCGUCCAGUGACGUGAGAACGAUCCUGGAGCUGGAAGGAUAUCUGUCCAAGCCCAGUCUGGAUAAGGAAGAUCCUCUAAAAGCUCAGGAGGAACUUAAGAAGAUCCGAGGUUUCCUGGUCCAGUUCCCUCUCUACUUCCUGAGUGAGCAGAACCUUCUGCCACCCAUCGGUUCUAAAGAGGCCAUGGUGCCCAUGGAGGUGUGGACCUGAGAGGCCUGAGUUUCCUCCUGCAGAAGUUCAUCUCAGGAUCUCAGGAGGCUUCAGACUGACUGGUGGUGUCACUCUGUGGAAUGAUCUUUCUUUCUAACACUAACGCUAUGCAACUGGAACGACAGCAAACAUACGGAGACGAGUUGUUUAUCUCCUCUCUUCACACAUUCCACAAAAUAACUUCUCAUUGUAUCUCGUGUCUCACAGCAUGCCUUUGUUUUGCUCUUCACUCCUGUGACCUUCAGCAAAGUGCCAAAUGUGAGGAUCUUUAUUCACACGCUGUUGGCCGUAACCGCGAUGCGUCUGUGGGCUUCGCUUUGUACAUCGCUGUAUUUAAUGUAUUUUCAAAUUUAUAUGUCACACACACACACACACACACACAAUUCUCUUCUUGAUUUAAUAAGCACUGAUGAUCUCAAAACCAUCAGGAGUUUGAAGUGCCUCAGAAAGGUCCAGAGAAAAAAAUUGCACACACACAUACACACACACACUUUAAUUAUUCUUCACAAUCAGAGCACAGCUUUAAUGUGGGUGUUUGUAAUAUUUAUAAACUUUUUCUUCAUCAUAAGCCUGAGAUUGUCUCACUCCAGACACAGAUCUCUCACUUUUAUACUUUUUUCCUGAAAAUAAAAUCAUUUCAAGUUAAAAUUAGUAAAAAAAAUGUAUUAAGCUUUAUGAUAUUUACCUUCAGCUAGACUUUUAAUCUACAAACUCAAAUCUGAUGUAAAUGUUCCUGUGACCAAAAAACAUUUAAACUGAUUCUAAAAGCUUCUGAGAUCUUUCAGACGACUCCAGGCCUUUUUAUAAAAUCCACAUCUUUAGAAUUUUACAGAUAUUUAAAUAAAUGCUGAGUGAAAAGAACAGAGACGUGAAGGAGAGCAGAAACAAAUCAUAAAUAAUAAUUAACAUUUUCUGUGUGUGUGUGAGUGUGUGUGUGUGUGUGAGUGUGUGUGUGUGUGAGUGUGUGUGUGAGAGUGUGUGUGUGUGAGUGAGUGUGUGUGAGUGUGAGAGUGUGUGUAAGUGUGUGUGUAUGAGUGUAAGGCAGCAGUGUGACUGUUGAUGUACAGGAAGUGGAAAUUUUAUAGGAAGUGGAAGUUGUACAGGAAGUGGAAAUUGUAAAUUAGGAAUGGAGUCGCACUUGAUGACGGCAAAAUGUUGAUUAUUUGAUGUUAUUUUAUGUUUCUCAAAAUUUCAUUUGUCAAAAAACAGCCUUUAAUGAGUAUCUACUCCAUCUACAUUCCUGAGAUUAAAACUAUUUUCUUGUGA